CGCCACACAGUUGAACGUUGCCGGGAGACUGCGCUUGCGUCCUGAGGCUCCGCGAGGCCCCGCCCCGUCUGGGCGCCUGAAAUCCCUCAGGGCGGAGGAGGGCGGGGACGCCAAGCAUCUCGGGGACGCGGAGCGUGGAGGCCGUAGAGCUGUUCUGGCCUGUGGAGUAGGUUGGUUUCAAACUCCCCGCGAACACGAAUAAAAGAAACUGAGUAAGUUGGAGAAGAUAAAGUAUAUUCAGUCGCUAAUCCAGAAGAUCAGCAGCAAAGUAGGAAAUGCACAAUUUUGAGGAUGAGUUAACAUGUCCCAUUUGUUAUAGUAUUUUUGAAGAUCCUCGUGUACUACCGUGCUCUCAUACAUUUUGUAGAAAUUGCUUGGAAAACGUUCUUCAGGCAUCUGGGAACUUUUAUAUAUGGAGACCUUUACGAAUUCCACUCAAGUGCCCCAAUUGCAGAAGUAUUAUUGAAAUUGCUCCAACUGGUAUUGAAUCUUUACCUGUUAAUUUUGCAUUAAGGGCUAUUAUUGAAAAGUAUCAGCAAGAAGACCAUCCAGAUAUUGUCACCUGUCCUGAACAUUACAGACAACCAUUAAAUGUUUACUGUCUCCUAGAUAAAAAACUAGUUUGUGGUCAUUGCCUUACCAUAGGUCAACAUCAUGGUCAUCCCAUUGAUGAUCUUCAAAGUGCUUAUCUGAAAGAAAAGGACACGCCUCAAAAACUACUUGAACAGUUAACCGACACACACUGGACAGAUCUUACUCAUCUUAUCGAAAAGCUGGAAGAACAGAAAUCUCAUUCAGAAAAAAUGGUCCAAAGUGAUAAGGAAGUUGUUCUCCAGUAUUUUAAGGAGCUUAGUGAUAUAUUGGAACAGAAAAAAAAAAUUUUCCUAGCUGCUCUCUGUGAUGUUAGCAACCUGAUUAAUCAAGAAUAUACUCCACAAAUUGAAAGAAUGAAAGAAAUAAGAGAGCAGCAACUUGAAUUGAUGACAAUGACAACAUCUUUACAGGAGGAGUCUCCACUUAAAUUUCUUGAAAAAGUUGAUGAUAUCCGCCAACAUGUGCAGAUUUUGAAACAAAGACCACUUCCUGAGGUCCAACCUGUUGAAAUUUAUCCUCGAGUAAGCCAAAUAUUGAAAGAAGAUUGGAGCAGAACAGAAAUUGGACAAAUUAAGAAACUUCUCAUUCCUGAAAUGAAAAUUUCUUCAAAGAGGAUGCCAUGUUCCUGGCCUGAUAAAGAUGAGAAAGAAGUUGAAUUUUUUAAGAUUUUAAACAUUGUUAUAGUUACUUUAAUUUCAGUGAUACUGAUGUUGAUCCUCUUUUUUAACCAACACAUAAUAACCUUCUUAAAUGAAAUCACUUCAAUAUGUUUUUCUGAAGUUUCUUUAUCUGUUUACCAAAAUUUAUCUAACAAUCUGCAUGAUUUAAAGAAUCUGCUAUGUCACACUUUAUAUUUACUGAAGGAAUUCAUGUGGAAAAUAGUUUCUCGUUGAAAAUUCAAAUCUGAAUUGUUUAAAUAGGCUUAUUCUGUACAGCAGACUAAUAGCCAUUGCUAAAGGGAGAUAUAGGGUAGGAUGGACAAAUAGCAAAGUAAACUAUCAGAUUUACAGCAAAUAUAGAAAUAUGUUAAACCAUCCAUGCUGCUUAGAUGGAAAUUUGUCAGUUAGAAAUGAUACAUAAGGUGUCUUAACCAGAAUAUCUAGUUUAUUUGAUUUAAUAUAUUAUCCCAUUUUAUUUGCUUGAGGUUGACUUUAUCGUUAUGGCAUUGAAAUACUCCUGUACCAAUACGGUCUUUUAGCUUUUUUGUUUU